AUGGCGGGGGCUGGUUCUGCCGCCGUGUCUGGAGCGGGAAUGGUGGCGGGGCCCGCAGGCGGCGACUUGUUCGCCGAGGGGCUCCUGGAGUUCUUGCGGCCGGCCGUGCAGCAGCUGGACUCUCACGUGCACGCUGUCAGAGAGAGCCAGGUAGAGCUUCGGCAGCAAAUUGACAGCCUGGCCAUCGAGCUCUGCCGCAUCAACGAGGAUCAGAAGGUGGCCCUGGAUCUCGAUCCCUACAUGAAGAAGCUUCUCAAUGCUCGGCGUCGAGUAGUCUUGGUCAACAACAUUCUGCAGAACGCCCAGGAACGGCUGAGGAGGCUAAACCACAGUGUUGCCAAGGAAACCGCUCGUAGGAGGGCGAUGCUGGACUCAGGAGUUUACACCCCUGGCUCCCCGAGCAAGUAAGCAGUCAGAAGAUGGCCCAGAGCCUCAGAAUAGCACAAGUCCUAAUCCUCCGCUGCCUGAUGAACAGUCCCUGGACACGCUGCCUUGGGGCAUUGUGGGAAGCCUGUAGUUGCACGAAGCACUGGAAUCUUAUGCCCAGACCUGUGCGCACAGGACUUUAGAUCUGGAUGCUCACAGCUCAUUUCCUUCCAGAAUGAGUGCAAGCCUCUUUAGUUUUUUGCGGUGGGAGCCCAACCCAAGCAUUGCACAGGUCUGGAGCCAGUCUGGCCAGUUCAGUGCUCAAGUUUGAGGACCACUAGGGCCACACCCAGCAGUGUUCGGUAGGGACCACGUGGUGUAGAUUUUCAAAAGUUCAGUCCAGUGGCUGCAGAGCAGGCACCCCGACCACUGUGCUGUUCUUGGCCCCACACUUGAUCUUUCCUAGAGGUAUAUACUGGUGGCCCCUGUAGGUCCCCCAACUUCUGGCCGCUAACCAGCAGGGGUUCCUUCCAUUACUCGCCUAGUGAUUCGCACCAUGGCUGAUGUUCUCUUCCUGCAACUUCACUUUUGUUUGCACUGAAGUUUUGGAAGAGCGAGCAGGCAGGUGAAUAUUUUGGAUGUGCUUGGGAUUGAACAUCCACCCUCCCGCCCCCUCCACUUAUGUGGUCGCACUGGCUCAAAUACAGCAGCAGUGUUGCUCAAACCAUUUAAUUCAAUAAAGGCUUUAAACUGUGUUAGUUUAUGCCAAAAAAAAAAAAGUAGCAGGAAGGGGCUGGAGUAAUAGCACAGUGGGUAGAGCAUUUGCCUUGCACUCGGCCAACCUGGGUUCAAUUCCCAGCAUCCCAUAUGGUCCCCUGAGCACCGCCAGGAGUAAUUCCUGAGAUGCAGAGCCAUAAGUAACUCCUGAGCAUCGCUGGGUGUGACCCAAAAAGCAAAAAAAAAAAAAAAAAAGUAGGAAGCCAUUUAAAGAAAAAUAAAUACAGUGAUGUCAGUUUCAGGAGUCACGUUUACACAGAGCAAUAAGUCUUAGAAGGAGUGAAAAUUGUUAUGCCUGUAAUUUUAACAUGCUGGGAACCAUUAUGAGAUUGAAUCUUGAUGGUAAUCACUGGAAGCAAAAGAGAACGAAGUGAUUGAAAGCCUUGAGUGGUCAGGCAGUAGUGUACAGAUAACUCAAUUUUUGAUAACUCACAUUUUCAGCCUUUCAGAGAGGGAACUAAAACUAUCCUUAUCUUAAAUAGAACUCUGGAAUAAAAAAUAAAAUGAGUGUGUCCCUGUUUAUCAUCCCUGUUUGUACUUUGAUUUUAUUUAAUUUCCUUUAAGAGUUGAUGUAAAAUAUAGAAAGGCUUAAGAUACCUGCGGUUUUCUUCGUUUAGUGGGUAAAGGCAUAGUGAAGAGAUGCAUCAGCUUCUUCUAAAGUCAUGUUUCCCGGGGGAUGGGUCGGGGAGCGGGCAACAGCUGCAGUGGAGAGAAGUCUUCAACUGGAGGAGGUGGUGUUGAAAGGUGGUAAUGUGUUAUGCAUGAAACCCUGUCCACAACAGGACUGUAAACCACAGUGCAAAAAACAAUUUUUUUUUUUAAAAAAAGGCUACUCUCAUAGAGGCAAACUGGUGGGUGGGAGGCAAAUGCCCAGGGAGCAUUGGUGGAGGAAAGUGGACACGUGUUGAAACAUUGUAUACCCGAAACCCAAUCAU